UCACGACAGGAUGUACUAGGCUUUGGCUGAGGAGUUGGUUGGGUUCUGAAGUUUUUAGCCCUUGCGUUCAAUAAUCGGGCACUAUUACAGUAAACGAGGAUAUUAUCCGGUUGUUUCAUUGUGCAUAUUAUAAUAUAUUUAAUUGAGUAAUAUGCAGUAAAAUUAAAUAAUAUUAAAUUUAAAUCUAGUAACAUUUGAUUAUCGUACAGUUGGUACAGCAGCCUAAAGCCAAAUGUCGCGAGACGCUUGUGUCUAUGUCGUUCAGCAGACAUUUUGAAGUUAGCUGCUACACAGCGGUAGGCAGUGACUUAGAUUCUGAACCCAACAAUUUUCUACACAAUCCCAACUAUCAUGUCUCUCCAGAAUUCCGAAAAUUCUGCGUUAAUCAAAACCGAAAACAUUAAAAUUGAAGUAGACCCAGAAACAAUAAUUAAAAAUGAAAAUAUUGCUGAUUUAAUCAAAGAAUUUCGUUUAUCGAAUGCUGAUAAAAAAAUUUUCCCCGGUAAAAAACGUUUCCCUUGUGAUGUUUGUGAUAAAUCAUUUAAAUUUCAAGGUGAUUUAGUUGUGCAUAAACGUAUACAUACGGGUGAAAAACCAUUUUCUUGUGACAUAUGUGAUAAAAUAUUUACACAAAAAAGUAAUUUAGUUACACAUCAAAAGACAGUUCAUACGGGUGAAAAACCAUUUGCAUGUGAUACUUGUGAUAAAGUUUUCGCGAGAAAAAGUCAUUUAAUUCGACAUCAACAAACUCAUAGUGGUAUUAAAUCAUUUUUAUGUGAUAUUUGUAAUAAAACAUAUACUCGAAAAGAUCAUUUAGUUAAACAUAAAUUAACUCAUACUAAUGUUAAACCAUUUUCGUGUGAAGUUUGUGGUAAACAAUUUACGAGAAAAGAUCGUUUAGUUGCACAUGAACGUAUUCAUUCGGGGGAUAAAUCAUUUUUGUGUAAUAUUUGUAAUAAAACAUUUACUCAAAAUAAGUAUUUAAUUCGACAUAAACGUAUUCAUGAUGAUGAUCAGCCAAUUUCUGAUGAUGAGCCUGUUCAUGAUAACGAAUCAAUUUCUGAUGACGAAAUCAAUCUACCUCUAAGCAGUUUGAUUGAAGAGAAACCACAAACGGAAGAAAAACCUUUUGAAAUUGAAGUAGAUCCAGAAAUAAUAAUUAAAAGUGAGAAUAUUGAUGAAACAAUCCCUGAUGUUGAUAAAACAGUCGAAAAAAAACGUUUUCCUUGUGAUAUUUGUGAUAAAUCGUUUAAAUUUCAAAGUGAUUUACAAGUGCAUAAACGAACUCAUACGGGUGAAAAACCGUAUUCAUGUGAUAAGUGUGAUAAAAUAUUUACACAAAAAAGUAAUUUACUUACACAUCAAAGAGUACAUACGGGUGAAAAACCUCAUUCUUGUGAUAUAUGCUCGAAAAAAUUUUCGAAAAAACGUACUUUAGUUGCACACAAAGUAACACAUACAGAAUCCGGUAAAAAUAUCGAACGUAAAAGACAUCGUCGUACGGGAAUACAAUGUUUUAAAUGUGAUAUUUGUAAUAAAAUAUUCUCGAAAAAUAGUCGAUUAAUUCAACAUAAACGAAUUCAUACUGGAGAAAAACCAUACUCAUGUGAUGUUUGUGGGAAAAUCUUCAGUCAAUCAAGCAGUUUAAAUACGCAUAAACGAAUUCAUAGCGGUGAAAAAUUAUAUUCGUGUGAUGUUUGUGGUAAAACAUUUGUGGAUCAUAGUAAUUUUACUCGACAUAAACGUAUUCAUACCGGUGAAAAAUGUUUUACAUGUGAUGUUUGUGGUAAAACAUUUACACAAAAAACAAGUUUAUCGUUACAUGCACGAAUACAUACCGGUGAAAAACCAUUUGCUUGUCACAUUUGUGGUAAAACAUUUACGACACAAAAUAAUUUAGAUGUACAUCAACGAAUUCACAGCGGUGAUAAACCAUUUUCCUGUGAUAUUUGUAAUGAAAAAUUUACACAGAAAAGUGGUUUAAACUUCCAUAAACUAAACCAUAGUGAUGAAAAACCGUUUCGAUGUGAUGUUUGUAAUAAAACAUUUACUCGUCAAGAUAGUUUAGUUGAACAUAAACGUAUACAUACGGGUGAAAAACCUUAUUCAUGCGAGAUCUGUGGACAACGAUUUGCUUUUAAAAGUAGUUUACAUAAACACAAACGUAUGCAUGCAAGUGGGAAAAAACCAUUUUCAUGUGAAAUUUGUAAUAAAAUGUUUACACGUCUUGAGAGUGUAGUUGAGCAUAAACGAAUUCAUACGGGUGAAAAACCAUUUUCAUGCGAUAUUUGUGGUCAACGGUUUGCUUUUAAAAGUAGUUUAUAUAAACAUAAACGAAUUCAUACGACAGGGAAAAGCUCGUUUUCAUGUGAAGAUUGUAAUAAAACGUUUACUCGUCUUGAGAGCUUAGUUGAGCAUAAACGAAUUCAUACGGGUGAAAAACCGUUUUCAUGCGAUGUUUGUGGUCAAACGUAUGCGUUUAAAAAUAGUUUAAGUAAACACAAACGAAUUCAUACAGAGCAAGUAUUAUCGAAAACGACAAACAUCAGUACUGCAUCUGUACUUACGUAUGAUAUCGAUCGAAUUUUUGGGCAUAGACUAUGAAGUGCCUCAACGAGUGUUAGAAAUUUAGAUUUGCCGUAUUUUGUUUUAUUUUAGGUGAAAAAUCGAAAUAACACACAAUUAAGUUUCAGAAGUAUUAGGCGGAUUCAAUUUAAAAAUGCUACAUCGGAAGAAAUUAUUGACAUCUUGAUCGCAUCUUGGUUCUCGCGUUAUGGAUUACCUACGCGGAUCAAUUUCGAUCUCAUAAGUGAAAUGAUUUUUUGUCUAGUCUGGAAAUAAAGCAUAUUUUGUCGACUACUUACCGGCUAAUCAGCAACGGAAUUGUGGCACAUUUUUAUCCAUGCAUCUGAAUAUCUCGGCAGAGGCGCCACCUAUUAAAAAAUGACAGCAAAAAUUGUAGAAUUUGACCGGGGACAUCAUGUUCUGAGCAGUCAGUUUAGAUACUAAACAGUACUAGAUAGAAUAACAGUUUAAAUUAGAAAGUUGAUCGUCCUAAACCAUUUUUUCGAAAAUCGUCAGCUUUCGGAGAAAAUACGACUUAAAAAUAUGUUAUUAUUGCAUUUAUUCGAAAGAGGACAUUCGCCUGUGUCCAUGACUUUGAUCUACAAUUAGCGAUAAAGUUGUAAGCUUAUUUUCUUUCGAUUAAAUGCAAUAAUGACAUAAUUUUAAGUUGCAUUUCCUCCGAUAGCUAACGUUUUUCGAAAAAAUGGAGUAUCAACUUUCUAAUUUAAAGUGUUAUUCUGUCUCUUACCAUUUAUAAUCUAAAUUGGCUAUUAAAGCAACCCAAAGAACUAGGUCCAAUCUGAGGUCCCUCAUCAAACUCUUGAACCUUAGUUUAAGUCAUUUUUAAUAGGUGGCACCCCUGGCGACAUAUUCAGAUGUAUAGAUUAAAGUGGCUCACUCUGUAUAUAAUAACCAUAUUCAUAUUUAUAUUUAUUUCAGUUGAAAUAUGUACAA